AUGGCCGCCGAACAGAGGAAGCUGCUCGAGCAGCUCAUGGGCAACUCGGCCACCACGCGAUCAGCCUCGCUAUCCAUGACCGACCCUAAGGUUUGCAGAUCUUUUCUCGUCGGCACCUGCCCUCACGACCUCUUCACAAAUACCAAGCAAGAUCUGGGCCAAUGCCCGAAACAACACUCGGAAGCCCUGAAGGCGGAGUACGAAGCACUCUCUCCCCAGGAGAAGCAAAAGCACGGCUUCGAGUACGACUACAUGCGCGACCUCCAGAAGUACAUCGACGACUGCAACAGAAGGAUAGAUUCCGCACAGCGCAGACUGGAGAAGACUCCUGACGAGAUCAGACAAACCAACGCUUUGCUAAGAAGCAUCUCCGACCUCUCCUCGACGAUCCACAACGGCACCCUCGAAGUCGAAAUCCUCGGCGAGAUGGGCGAGGUCUCCCGCUCGAUCGACGAAUUCUACCGCGUGCGCCAGGCACAGCAGACCAAGCUGGACCGCGAGAAGGAGCUGAAGUCGCUCUCCGACAACUCAGGUCCCUCGGGUCACCAGAAGCUCCAAGUCUGCGACGUCUGCGGUGCCUACCUUAGCAGGCUGGACAACGACCGUCGCCUGGCCGACCAUUUCUACGGAAAGAUGCACCUCGGCUACGCGCAAAUGCGAAAGACGUACGAGGCGUUCCCGAAGGAGUUCCGGCAAGGAAGGCGGGCGCCUGUAGACGACGACAACAUGGGCGGCGGACCGAGGGGACCUCGCAGUGGCGGCGGCUACCGCGGACGCGGAGGCAGGGGCUACCGCGGUGGAUGGUAA